UGGCCUGGACUCAAAAGUCACAUUUUUAGACUCUGGAUGGGUUGCAGAGAGACAGAACUUCCAAGAAGCCAGCUCCUGGUAGUCCAAGGAAAACCAGGACCCUCUGAAGCCAUGGCCCUCUCCCAUCCUGCUCUCCAGUUCUGGAUACAUCUUUAUCUCUGGUGUCUCCUUCAGAUGCCAGCAGUGUUGGCCCAGCAAGGUUCACACACCCAUGCUGAGGACCGCCUGUUCAAACACCUGUUUGGAGGCUACAAUCGCUGGGCACGGCCAGUGCCCAACACUUCUGAUGUGGUCAUCGUACGCUUUGGACUAUCCAUUGCCCAGCUCAUAGAUGUGGAUGAGAAGAAUCAAAUGAUGACUACCAAUGUCUGGCUAAAGCAGGAAUGGAAUGACUACAAGCUACGCUGGGACCCCGGUGAGUUUGGCAACAUCACCUCCCUCCGCGUCCCUUCAGAGAUGAUCUGGAUCCCAGACAUUGUUCUCUACAACAAUGCAGAUGGGGAGUUCGCGGUGACCCACAUGACCAAGGCCCACCUCUUCUUCACGGGCACUGUGCACUGGAUGCCCCCAGCCAUCUACAAGAGUUCCUGCAGCAUCGAUGUGACCUUCUUCCCCUUCGACCAGCAGAACUGCAAGAUGAAGUUUGGCUCCUGGACAUACGACAAGGCCAAGAUCGACCUGGAGCAGAUGGAGCGGACCGUAGACCUGAAGGACUACUGGGAGAGCGGCGAGUGGGCCAUCAUCAACGCCACGGGGACCUAUAACAGCAAGAAGUACGACUGCUGCGCGGAGAUCUACCCCGACGUCACCUACUACUUCGUUAUCCGCCGGCUGCCGCUGUUCUACACCAUCAACCUCAUCAUCCCGUGCCUGCUCAUCUCCUGCCUCACCGUGCUCGUGUUCUACCUGCCCUCUGAGUGUGGAGAGAAGAUCACGCUGUGCAUCUCGGUGCUACUCUCUCUCACCGUCUUCCUGCUGCUCAUCACGGAGAUCAUCCCGUCCACCUCGCUGGUCAUCCCGCUCAUCGGCGAGUACCUGCUCUUCACCAUGAUCUUCGUUACCCUCUCUAUUGUCAUCACGGUCUUUGUGCUCAAUGUACACCACCGCUCCCCCAGCACCCACAAUAUGCCCAACUGGGUGAGGGUGGCCCUGCUAGGCCGGGUGCCCCGGUGGCUGAUGAUGAAUCGGCCCCUGCCACCUACGGAGCCCCAUGGCUCCCCGGGUCUGAAGCUCAGCCCCACUUAUCAUUGGCUGGAGACCAACAUGGAUGCUGAAGAAAAGGAGGAGACAGAGGAAGAGGAGGAAGAAGAAGAUGAAAACAUAUGUAUGUGUGCAGGCCUCCCGGACUCUUCCAUGGGUGUUCUCUAUGGCCAUGGCAGCCUGCAUCUGAGGACCAUGGGGCCUGAGGCCAAGGCUCCAUCCCAGGCUAGUGAGAUCCUGCUGUCACCUCAAAUACAGAAAGCACUAGAAGGUGUGCACUACAUUGCUGACCACCUGAGGUCUGAGGAUGCUGACUCUUCGGUGAAGGAAGAUUGGAAGUAUGUGGCCAUGGUGGUAGACCGGAUAUUCCUCUGGCUGUUCAUUAUCGUCUGCUUCCUGGGGACCAUCGGGCUCUUCCUCCCUCCAUUCCUGGCUGGAAUGAUCUGACUUCAUGUCCCUCAUGUUGGCUCCUACGUGGCCUGGACAACUAUCUUCUGGUCUUCUGUGACUGGAGCCAUCUCUAGAAUAUUCUUUUGACUUAAUACCAUCUACCUGCAAUGUUUCUACAAGGUCCCCAACCUAGCCUGGACUUCAUAUCCUCCUUGCAACAGCUCAUGGUGUCAUUACUGUGACAAGCACAGAGAUCACUCAACAAGACAUCUAUUUGGGAUACUGAGGAACUGGAAGAGGUGAAGGUUGCUCUGCAGAAGGUGACAACAUGGUGGUGAUAUGGGGGAGAGCAAGAUAUUCCUGAAGGAGCAAUAGGAACUGUAUAUGGCAAAAGGUCAAACAAAGGGAUGGAGGGGACAGACCAGGGCAAAGAAAAAUAGAACACUGGCCCAAAGUAGGGCACAUGGGGACAAUGGGGGUGCCUGGUGUGGAAGAGUUCUUCACAACACUGUGGAUUCGGACAGCCUACUGGGUCGGGGGGAAGGAUGGGAGGCAGGCUGGGGUGUUUUUAAUCCAGGCCUAGGAAGAAGCUCAGAGCCUGCUCUGAACCUGUCUCUGUGUGCUUUGCGGGAAAUGUCAGAGAGACAGGGCUACUUCCAGAAGGAGGGGGACACAAAGAAAGUUCUAGAGCAGUGGUUCUCAACUUGUGCUGUGGGUUGCAACCCUUUGGGGAGUCGAAUGACUCCUUCAGGGGGAUCACAUAUCAGAUAUUCUGCUUAUCAGAUCUUUACCUUACAGUUCAUAACAGUAUCAAAAUUACUGUUGUGAGAUAGAAACAAAAAAAAAUUUUUUUAUGGUUGGGGGUUACCACAACGUGAGGAACUGUAAAGGGUCAUAGCAUUAGGAAGGCUGAGAAACUCUGAUCUGGAUGCCCUGGUGGGUACUUGAGGCAGAAGAGCAGCAACAAUGGGUGCAAGUGACUGGGCCACUACUCAUCUGAAAGCACUUUAGAGCCUCCAAGUCCCCCUCAGCGUAAUGCCUCACUGUUCUAUGCUACAAAAAAAGAGGUACAGUAAUUGCUGCAAGGGGUCAGGGCCACCUUCAAAUCAUCAAGUGGACAAAGUAAGAAGGCAGUCUCCAAUGUUGGCACCCUUCUUGCCAUCCACAGGGCCUGGUCCCCAAUUCUCCACUCUCUGCACCCUAUGCAGUUCGUGCCUUUCCCAGGAACUGAGAUCUUUGCUUCAGGCUCUUUCAGUUGUGUGCUCCUUCAGGGCAGAGUGUCCACUCUUAUUAUUCUCACUCAGCCCUGUGCUGGGUGAGAGAGCUCGGCACCUGGACCCUUCAUCGUGAGUAGUGGAAAGAAACCAACCCAGUUGCUUUGGGCUCCAGAACUGCUACAUAUACCAAAGCUUUGGAGGAGGUUUCUUCCCCAGCCUUCCCAGGGUCCCAUCAGGUGGCUAACCUGCUCUGGACAGCUCUGUGCAACUUGUUCUUGUAAUAGUCCAUGGCCCUUCACAGCAUAGGAGCCCAGGAGCUUGGGCCUUUUAGAACAUUCUCCAGUACCUAAGGAAUUAGACCCCAGAAGCUAUCAGCAGUGGGAUUCAGAGUCACUAAUGAAUAUAGAGACCAAGGUAGGAAGCAAAGUAGGGCAAGUUUGUUCUUUGUCUUAGGGUGCUCUCCUUCUGAACCCCAUACACAGCCCCUUGACAGACCUAGGGGACCUGUUUGCCAGAGACUUUACCCAGACUCCCCGUUACCAGUUCUAAGGACACCCCACUCAGUCUCAGGCCUUGGCUCCCUCUUUCUCCACUGAAUGCAGUCUGCACCUCCCUUCUCUAUGUCAAGCCCCAAGACAUGAUUUCCUGGUGGGGAGAUGCUUGUUGGAUUAGCCACAUCUCCCAUCCUCCUUGCAUGUGAGCAAAAUGUCAAAAUAAAGCUGAAAUGGCUGCUGUCAA